AUGUCUGAAAUGUAUAGCUUCUUUAAACCAAAACGAUGGCAUUUUCCUUAUUUCAAGUGUCUCUUCGAAUUGAGUACAUGUCUUUUGAAAUUCUUACAUAAGAUUUUUACAACAAAUUCAGUCCAAAUCUUGUCAGCGUUGAAAUUCCCGUUGACUGAUGAGGAUGGGCUGUUAGAGAGUUCAAGCCAAAAAUCGCCGUCCACUUUUGGUAAUGUCUGCCAAUGCUCAGCACUGCCGAGAUGUUGUCGUUCUAGUCCCUCAGCUCAAGGUGAAGCAAUGGGAACAUAUUAUCAGCCACUGGAAAGAAAUCCCAUUCAACCCUUUGGGUGCCUGGAUUUCCCUAAAACCACCGCUACAUCUAACAUCUCAACUGGUACGAUGGCGUAUCUGUGCAAACUGAACACUCCUCUUCGUAAAACUGAGCAUCUCUUUGCUGAUGGCAACUGUGUUCGAGCUAGACGAAGUAUUGUGGAACUUGGUGACCUAAAUACACUCAAUAACUGUACUACCUCCUGUCCCAUGAUUGCAGAACAUUGCACUUACAAACAGCAACACCAACACCAUGGAUGUACUGAGAAUCCUGAUGAGUGUAGAAGUCUACAAGAUGUCCGCUUAACGAUGGCUCACUCUCGAAAGAUUGGUUUUACAAGUAUGCUGUUUUAUGAAGAUGUGAUUUUAGAUUUAGCUCCAAUUUUUAAUGAAGGACGUCAGCAUCUUGCAGUCAAAUUCUUCCUAGGUCCACGCCGAGGUAAUUCAGAUUGUAACAUGGAAAAAGAUGCAAUGGUUUAUUCCGGUUUGGCCAUUCUUAGGGAAAGAAAAUACUCUUUAGAACACAUAAGAAACUGCAAAAUUGCAGCUACUCUGUCACCGAUCCAAUGA